AUGACACGGACGCAGCCGCGUGCGGAGCCUCCGAGUCUGAGGCCUCGGGGUUGGCCCUCAAGAAGUCGGAACAACCCCUGUGCUCCCGGCCCCUCCUGGCCCAGUCUCUGUCCUCUCUUCUCACCCUCCACGAUGUGGGACCGGACCCCUGGGAUAGACAGGGAGCUUCCGGCCGAGCGCUCCCGGCAGGCGCAGAGUAAAACAAGAAGUAUUCUCCUAGCGCCGCGACUGACACUCACCGGCCCGAAACCUCGAAUGAAACCAGCAGCUCCGGGGGCGGCGGCAGCAGUGGCAGCAGGAACCGAACAUCCAAAAUGGCGGCUCCCUCGGCCUCACCACCGCUACUGCAGGCGGAGGGAUCUUAGGGGGAAUCUGAAUACUCUCCGGGACCUGGGUCGCCUCAGUCUUCCCCGAGGUUCCCAAGAGAAGGUUUCACAAAGUCAGUUCCCGAGGUCCAGGAAACGCGAGUCACUGAUGACUACGCUUCGGGGUUCUGUUUGGGAACCUCCAGAAUUGACUGGAGUAAGCGAUUGCAGGGUCCCUGUGGGGUCAGGGUGUGGAGGCUGGGCCCAGUCCUAUUCACGUGACCCGGCCCCAGGGGGAGUAGUUCGUUUUCCCACCAGAGGGGGCGCUGGGGGUGACUGGCGGGGAGCCAGCCCCCUCCCCUCCGGGGUACUCCUGGGCGUCGCUCUCCGACUCGGGGCUCUGACGCCAUCUUUCCGCGCCGGGGGCGGGGCGCGCUUGACGCCAUCUCCGGGCGCCCGGCUGGGGGGGCGCUGGGUGUGGGGCGGCUCCGGGGCCGGGGAUGGCGGCGGCCGCUAUUGCGGCGGCUCCGGGACCAGCGGGAGGAGCCCGGGGAGCGCCGUGAGAUGGGCCGAGGGAGCGAAAGAGGCCUCGCCUAAACCCCGGAUCGCUUCUCACCGGCCCGGCCCAGAGAGCUGCUUCAGGUUCCUACGCCCCUGCGGCUGUGUCCUGGCGGCCCGGGGUGUCCGAGUCCUCGGGGCGGGAAGGGGCCCCCAAACAAGGAAGCAGCGCCUGCGGGGCCUCGCCCUUACUCCUCUGCUUGAAAGGUCGACCCGCUUACUCUCUAAACGCAGAAUUCCCAAUUUCGGGCCUUACCACUUUGGGGGCAGUGAUUGGGGGAUCAAGGGAAGCCUUAGCCCUGUCUGUUCUAAGCUCCUUGCCCUCAGCGAAUUCGAGUCUGGGGCUGGAUUCAACCUCUUGAUUCUGGGCUGUGCUGGCAGCUCCGGCAGCUCUCCGGAAUGGUCCUCCUUUCCCGUUAGCUCCGUUAGGGCCACAGGCUGCGUCUUGCCCUGGAGAAAUCCUCAUUGA